GUAACUUAAGAGUUUUACGCAGGCGAGGAGCUAAUCGAGGCUAUCGAGCAAGGGGAGAAAAUCAUAAUACAGGGAAGAACUCGGAAUGAUUAAAAAAAGACUAAGAUUGAAUAGAGGCCCCAAGGGAAAAGGGGGAAACACAGUAAAGGCAGAAAUAAUGAAGGAGAAGAUCAAACAGAAGAUACUGUGAAGAAGACAAGAAAGAAGACGAGGAGAAUAAAAUAGGCCGCUGUGGCGGUAGCCGAAUGGACUGCGUUCCGUCUCCAAAGUGGUGAUUCCAGCUGACGUCAAUGUUCUGUUGACUAUGGUCAGGGCGAGGCAGGGUAGCAGCGUGAGAGUGAGGACCAGAUUGGGUUUGAGGGCACGGACAGCAAGAUACUAGGCGUUCUGCUUAUGGCCCUGUCAGCCUGGCUAUAGAGUAUGCCGACGACUUUGUGGUGUUGGCAGGGCGUCAGUGUUGCGAGUUUCGCCCGUUCUAGGCUGUUACCUAUGUUAUUUAGACCUUCUCGAAAAAAAUGCUUGGGUCGUCCCAUCUCAGUCACACUCACUCCUUCCCCGGGACAAGCAGUCAUCUUGAUUCAGGCUCCUCGGGCUUUCAUCUGCACUCACUCACUCGGGUCGACGACUCGCGAUUUCCCCAUGUCUUCCAUCUUGCCAGCACUUUCCCGACGUCUACUUGAUAUCAUCGAGGACCACUAAGGUCUAGCAACUCUUUACUCUCCGAGUCUUUACAAGGCAG